UCGAAAAACAGGGGACGGCCGGCGUGACCACGAAGGAGGACCCCGCACCGUCCAUGAUCGCGCAGCAUCCGUCGAGUCCACCACUGCCGCUGAGGAGGUCCGAUCCUUUUUUGCCUCCGUCGCCACUCCCGUCGCCGCUCCACGAACCGCCCAAGGAACGCUCGUGGUCGACGGAUGUGCGAUUCACCCUCGACCAAACGUUGACGCCUGCGCCUGCCCCGUCGUCGACCGGUGACCGGCAACGCACGAAAGCGCUGUCCGACAAACGUCUGCUCUACCGCAAGUGGCGCACUGGAUCGCAUCGCGGCGCGUCCUUGUCCAUCAUUGAAUCGAUUGGUCCGUCGGCAAACGACGCGACGUCGUCUACUCUCAUCCCGCCGCGUCGACCACCGUCGUCGUCUUUAUCCGUCAUCCCGAUCCACUCGCCGUCCCUGAACCCAACCGACCCGUUGCUGUCACCCUCCAACGACCAUCAAAUCCAUGGCCACACCGCGCUCACGUCGACCGCGACGCUACCGACCUCGUCGUCGUCGACCGCCGCCGCCGCGCCGCCCCUCACUGCCACCACACACAGAGAUGAACUCGACCGACGAGCGCGAGAGCUCUCGGAGCGAUUCUUACAAGACGAAGAUCAGUUUUCACAGUCGUCGACGGUCGAAGCGCUGAGCGGGUCCUUUGGCAAGCACGGGUCGUCGACGCCGUACCCAGAAAUGAAGAAAUCGAGAUCGCACCAAGGGUUGUCGUCCUUGGAACGUGCGGCGACCAUGAACCCGCCAAAGUCGUCGGCGUCCGGCGUCCAACGUGGUCUAAAGGACUCGGUCAUGCAUGACAUGUGCCAUGCAGUCGUCAAACAAAUGGUGGGUGAUGCCAUCUCGCUCACGACCCCCGACGGGGCUACCCGAGCGACCACGUACCACCCCGCGACCAACCACUUGUACGCCCCCGUGUUGGCAUCUGUCCAGACGCAUUUCAAACAGCUUCCGGCGCGGUACGCAUUGUCCGUUGACCCUGACGAUGUCCCGAUGCACAUGCGCCUCCUCGCCAACCAAAAGCGCCGGCCCGACGACAUUUACCUCCAUGCCCACUUUUUAAAGCAUGACGACGGAAGCAUCAACCCGACGAUCUGCGAAGUGGUGGUUGUGGCGCAGGACCGCGACUCGCUCCUGGAUGCAAUCACUCGUGGCUUGUCGAGUCUCAAGGGCAGCAUCCAAGAUGCCGACGUCAUGACGACCAAGGACGGCGUGACUCUGGACCGGUUUGUCGUCAAGGGAUCGUUUGUCCCGCCAGAUCGACUGGCCGAGCUGCGCCGACGCAUUCUCGAGAACCUUGCACGUAGCACCCUCGCUGCCGAGCACAGCGACAAGGAGCGCCAGCUGCAAGCGGCGCAACAAACUGCGUCCUCCGCACCGACCGAGGCGGCUCCUGCACCGCCGACCACGACACUCGAGUUGGACGCGCACUCGGCGCUGCGGCAGUCGCUCAACACAACCACGAUCAAGCCCGAGUGGCGCCUCAACUUUUCCGAACUUGUGCUCGGGAAAGCGGUGGGGACAGGCCGUUCGGGACAGACGUAUUCGGGGUCGUGGCGAGGCACGCGCGUCGCCAUCAAGCUGAUCAACUUGUCGCAUCACAACCAGAGUGUGAGCGAAGAGAUCCUGCAAGAGUUUUACCGAGAAGUCGCUGUCGUGAGUCGGCUGCGGCACCCAAACAUCGUGCUGUUCCUUGGGGCGUCGAUCGAGCCGCCCCAGUACUGCCUUGGUACGUCUCGUGAUUCUGUCGACACGUGGACGGUGGUGGUCGUGUCGAUUCUGCACCGUCCGUUUUAUGGCGUCCACCCGUCGUUGGAUCCAAGUGGAUGGACAGGAUGAACCGGUCCACAGCCAUGGACGGCUCACAGCUCUUGUAUAGUGUUUGAGUACAUGGAAAAUGGCGCACUCACAGACCUCAUUCGGCGCCGCCGCGCCGCCCCCAUUGAUUUCUUUCGCAUUGCCCGCGAGAUCGCCAUGGUACGUGCAACGAGAGUGCGUAACAACCGAACGAACCCACAAUCGCACGAGGCUGCUUGUGCAUGUGGAGGAGUUGCCGGCGUGGGGUAUGGCACAGCUCGUCGUCAACCACCCGAUCGAGUCGUUGGACAUGUGGCCUGACCGAUUCUCUGGUGCCUCUGCAGGGCAUGAACUACCUCCACUUGUGCAACAUCAUGCAUCGCGACCUCAAGUCGGCCAAUGUUCUGCUGGACAUGUUUGGGACCGUCAAAAUUUCCGACUUUGGCCUGAGCUGUGUCUUGGAAGCCGGCACGGCGUCCGACUUGACCGCAGAGACAGGCACGUAUCGAUGGAUGGCGCCUGAAGUGAUCGGCCACGAGCCGUACUCGGCCAAGGCGGACGUGUACAGCUAUGGCGUGAUUUUGUGGGAAAUGAUCGGCAAGGAUCAACCGUUCAAGGGCAUGACGCCGAUUCAAGCAGCGUUUGCCGUCGCGCGGCAAAACGUGCGCCCGGCCUUCCCCGACACGACGCCGACGUGUCUGCGAGCGCUUGUGAACCGGUGCUGGCACCAAAAUCCCGCGGACCGGCCGACGUUCGCCAUGAUCUUGGACAUGUUGCCAGAAGUCUACGUCCAAAUGCGCAAACUCGAGUUCCACCAGCUCCAUUUUGUGGCCCCGUGACGCAUACGGACGAAACCCCAGCUAACGCGUCGAUAAUUUAAUUGCGUCAACACUACCAUGACAC